AUGUCUCUUGUCGAACGUGCUAUGAACAGUGGAAGGAGAACCUCCUAUUAUCAUUAUGACCCCUUCCUGCCAGUGGCAACCGUUGCUGCUGUCUUGUACACGAUUGCUUUUGUGUUGACUGUCAUACAAUGGAUAUGGUACAGGGCCUGGGUAUGGAGCAUCAUGGUAGUAUCAUCAGCCAGUACGUACGCAUCCGGUCCAUGCCAUUCACUCUCACUCAAUCUAACCCUAAAUUCAGUAGAAGCAAUGGGCUACAUUAGCCGAUGCGCCUCGGUCCAAAAUAAAUUGGAGAGACCCGUUUACGUUCUUCAAUUUGCCCUCAUCAUCCUUGCACCCGUCCUCAUAGCAGCGUUACCUCCCCGAUUCAUUACACUUAUCUCCGUCGGGUUUGAUAUCAUUGCUCUGCUGCUCCAGCUUGGUGGUGCGGUGAUGAUCACUUCAGUCGAUGGCACAGAUCGGGAUGACAAAGACAAGCUCAACACUGGAAAACACGUUGCCUAA